AGGGGCACCCUCCCUCGCGUGGUGCUCUCCCCGCGGGGCACCUGUGGAACAGGCAGGGAGCGGCAGCACCAGAGCGUAACGCAUCCUCGAAAUUUCCUCCUGUUCCUGUCGGCCGGGCCCCUUCCCCCUCCGCCCGGGCAGGAGGAAGUGAUAGAACUACCCAGAUUUUGGCGCCUGCACCGACACACAGCGGGACCCCGGGAGUCAGCGGAGGGAGGCGGACUUAAGGGCAGCCCGCUCCGCUCUACUCCGCACCGCCGACUUCGGGCGCUCUGCCCGCUUCGGCACUCUAUUCUUCCUUCCUCUCCUCCCUCCCUUUUUCUCUCUUCAGCGGCCCCGCACGCACCGCGACAAAGGUAAAAGCUCUGCAAGUCUGCAAUAAAAAUGGCCUCCAAUAAAACUACAUUGUGACAAGAAUUAGUGAAGCCGAAAAGAGUACCAGAAAACAGUCUUCCAUUGAAUCAAAGAAUUUUAGUCCAGCGGAGAACACAGAUGGAGAUGUUCCCCACUUGUAGCCUGCUUGCCUCAUCACCACACAAAAUGGGAAAGAAACAGAAUGGCAAAGGUAAAAAAGUUGAAGAGGCAGAGCCUGAAGAAUUUGUUGUGGAGAAAGUCCUGGACAGACGUGUUGUAAAUGGAAAGGUGGAAUACUACUUGAAGUGGAAAGGAUUUACAGAUGCUGACAACACAUGGGAACCUGAAGAAAACUUAGAUUGUCCAGAGCUAAUUGAAGCUUUUCUGAACUCUCAAAAAGCUGGUAAAGAAAAAACAGAUGGUGCCAAAAGAAAAUCUUUGUCAGAUAGCGAAUCUGAUGAUAGUAAAUCAAAGAAAAAGCGUGAUUCUGUUGAUAAACCAAGAGGGUUUGCAAGAGGUCUUGAUCCUGAGCGGAUAAUUGGGGCUACAGAUAGCAGUGGAGAGCUUAUGUUCCUCAUGAAAUGGAAAGACUCUGAUGAGGCAGAUCUGGUGCUGGCCAAAGAAGCUAACGUGAAGUGUCCUCAGAUCGUAAUUGCUUUUUAUGAAGAGCGACUAACUUGGCAUUCAUGCCCAGAAGAUGAAGCACAAUAAUGGUUUGCAUUGCUUUUUUUAUAUAUAUGAAUAUUAAAACCUGAAAUUUGAUUUAUUAGCAAUGUGAGAAGCAUACAUUCUAACAAGAAUCAAAUUUGAUAUUUUUUGAAGUAGUACGUUUUGCAUCAACAGCAAGAAAAUAAAAGCUUUCUGCAAUUUGUUUCAUUUAUCACAGGAGAGCAUUUGAUACUACUACUUCCUCCAUAUUAGGUAAAAGCUUUUAUAAAACAUUCAUAACUUCCGUAGUUAUUACAGAAUCAUAAUGAAUGUCUAAACAAACUCACAGAUGUUUUGUAGUCUUCUAUACUAUUGAUGUGCAUGUAUCUUCUUUACCCAAACCUAGCCCUUUAAACCUGUAGAAUCAUUCUUUUUAGUAUUUGGGAACACUUGGUCCUGAGAAGGCCAGGUGAAAACUAACUUUGUAGUAAUUUGAAUGUUAUCAGACUGUAUAUUGUUUACUUUAUUGUAAAUACUGGUGAACAGUGGUCAAUAAAAUAGUUUUAUAUUCUUCCUUUAUA